AUGUUCGCCCCCUUCUCUGUGCUGGCGAACCUCGCCAACCAUGCCCUGUUAAUCCUUGGGUCUCCUACACAGCAGCCGCUGGAACCGCCUGCGAAGUUGGGGCACCGUCGCUUCUUUGACGUCCAGGCACACCGCGGAGGCAGGGGCAACACGAUCGAGAAUACUCUACCUAGCUUUGCCUGGGGUCUCAUUGAUGGUGCCACGACAUUAGAGCUGGACAAUGGCAUCACGAAGGAUGGCGUGGUCGUGGUAUGGCAUGACGAGAACAUGACGCCUGCGAAAUGCAAGGACACAAUACCUGCUUUCCCGGAUGACCCUGACUUUCCAUACAUCGGAAAGUACGUCGCGAACCUCACCCUCGCGCAGCUCAAGACACUCGACUGUGGUUCCAAGCGACAGUACGGCUACCCGAUGCAGCUUACGUAUCCCGGCACGCGUAUCUCGACGCUGCAAGAGGUGUUCGAGUUUGCUGAGUGUGCCGACCCCGCGCACGGGAUACUGUGGAACAUCGAGUCGAAGAUCAAUGCGAGUCAUCCGAAUAGCACGAUGGGCGUGCAGGACUUUGUGCAGAAGCAGCAUGCGCUGUUCUCUGCGAGUCCAUACGCGUCGUCGAUUACGUAUCAGAGUUUUGAUUGGAGAACCUUGAUUGCGAUGAAGGAGCUGAAUCCAUCUAUUCCAACGUCGGCACUCAUAGACGACGACACAGCGUUCACAGCAGACAACAGCACCACACCAUGGCUCGCUGGAAUCCGUCUAGACUCCUUCCCCGGACCUACCGUCGGCCACCAGGUCGCCCAGGCCGCACGCUCUAUCCGGGCAGACAUACUCUCGCCCUCCGCGCAGUCGUUCUCGAGCCCCGUCCCGGAUCCGGAGAUGGCGGGAUAUGAGGCAUUUACGACGAGGGAGAUGGUAGAGGAGGCGCAUAGGCUAGGGAUGGCUGUUAAGGUGUGGACGGUGAACCGGAUGAACAUCGCGGAGCAAUUGUUGGAUUGGAAGGUGGACGGGAUCAUCACCGACUACCCUAACGUAGUCCGCCGCUUGACGAAACAACGCGGUCUGCCUUCCGCGCCGAAGUACCCCAAACAGCGGGUGCUAACGUGUCUGGACGAGCAUCUGGCGAGGCAGUCAGCUUCAUAG